UUGGUUAGUUAAAGUUAAUCUACAGAAAAAAAAACGUGAAAAAUAGUUUUUUUCGUUGUUGUAGAAUAGACUUAGUUAAAAAAAAAAUAAAAAAAAAUAUUUUUAAGACAAAAAAAAUUUAAAAAACAAAAAUGAACAAACAAAUUAAUUUAUUUGACAUUUUUUGUUGCACUUUUCUCCUGACGACGCUAAUUUCCAUCGCUUGUGGAGUAACAGAAGAAAAUCAUCUUCUUCAAAAGCGACAAGCUAAUCAAGCUGUGGGGUUAUUUGCACAUCCACGCGUUGGUCGCGGAGAUCCAGAAUUGGAGUGGGAUAACUCGAUGUUGCCAGCUAAUGGAAUAGACGAUUACGAUGACUCACCUCGUCACGAAAUGAAGCGUCAAGGACUCGUUCCCUUUCCCCGCGUUGGUCGUGGCGGCUUGAAAAACCAACAAAGCUACUGGGCCAAACUCUACAAUCAAGACACGGGAAAACGCGCUGAAUCUGGCGCCAUGUCAGGCAUGUGGUUCGGUCCCCGCUUGGGGCGCAUACAGAAGCGCGAAGCCAACGACAACAAUUAAACGCAAACAAAAAUCAGGUUGCGAAAUUUUAAAAAGACAUCUUACAGGAAAAAAAAUAUUUAGAGGAUAAUUACACGAGCCAUAAACGUUUCUCUUUAAAAUUGUAAAUGGAAUUAAAAAAAAAAACAAAAUUUUAUUGAUUAAUUUCUUCUUUUAAAAUUAAUUCAUUUCUUUUUUGAUGAUUACUCGGCUGGUGAAGAAUUUUUCAAAAUUUUCGCAAAAAAUUAGAGAAAUUUUGAAAAAUUCUUUGGGAAUCAUCAGAAAUGAAUUAAAUUGGAGAAGAAAUUGUUGUAAUUAAAAAAAAAAUAAAUAAUUAAAAUAAUCAAAAUUUACCAACAUUCAUCAGAAAUUUAUAAAAUUAUUGUUGAAGAAAAAAAAAAUA